AAAAUUAAAUGAAUCACAAAAUAUUUCGGCUGAAUAUUUAAAUGAGCUCAAAAUACACUGGAGAUUUUAUAUUACAGCCACUAGUCCUUUAAGGCUUUAUGGAAUAACAAAAGAUCCACAAACAAAAGAAUUAAUAAUGGUUACACAAUUAAUAGAUCAAGGAAAUUUGAGACGUAUUCUUUUAAAUAAUUUUAAUAAUAUGUUUUGGCGUGAUAAAUUACUUUUAUUGACCAAAAUAGUUAUCGACCUUAAAAAUUUACAUGAUAUAGGAUAUUCUCAUAAAGAUCUUCAUAGUGGAAAUAUACUAAGGGGUCGUAGUGCUACUUUCAUUGCAGAUUUUGGAUUAUCAGGGCCAUCAAAUGAACAAAAAUCAAAUGAUAAAAUAUAUGGUGUAUUACCUUAUAUUGCUCCAGAAGUUUUGAAUCGAAAACCAUACACAUUAUCUUCUGAUAUCUAUAGUAUUGGUGUAAUUAUGACUGAAUUAUCAUCUGGAAAAUCACCUUUUUAUGAAAGAAAACAUGAUUUAAGCUUAGCAUUAGAAAUAUGUAGUGGAAUCAGACCUAAAUUUGGAAAGGGAACUCCUGAAAUUUAUAAGAAAUUGGCAAAUAGAUGUAUGGAUGUCAAUCCUGAUCAAAGA